GUUGACUCCGGUCUUUUGAGUCAUGUCGUUUCGGAGAGCGAUCAGUCUCGCGUGCGGGAUCGCUGGCGGAUCCGCGGUGCUCGUGUGCGCGGCGGUCGCUGCAGAUAAGCACGGGUACUUCGGAGAACGAUGCCGGUUGAGAGAGACCCUGGCUGCCGUGCACGCAGCGCAGCCUCCGGCGUGGCCCACUGCGAACGGAUGGGAUUGCAAUUGGGACAAACGUGACCCCUCGUCUAUGGUGAAUGGGACGAGAAAGGAGAGUGCUGGUGACAGUGGAAGUCCAGAAGCGGAGAACAACAAACCCAAAGCCACACGCCACAUUUUCCUGAUCAGACACUCUCAGUACAACCUCAAGGGGGAUGGAGAUAAAGAGAGGAUCCUGACGCCUUUAGGACGUGAACAGGCUGAGUGUACAGGACAGAGAUUAGCAGUACUUGGACUGAAGUACGACGUUCUCAUCCACUCCUCCAUGACUAGAGCUGCAGAAACAGCCAACAUCAUCAGCAAAUACCUGCCAGGUGUGGAGCUUGUAAGCUGUGAUUUACUGCGAGAGGGUGCACCCAUAGAGCCCGUCCCACCGGUCACGCACUGGAAACCUGAGGCAGCGCAGUACCACGAGGACGGCGCACGGAUCGAGGCAGCGUUCCGCCGCUACAUCCACCGAGCUGACCCCAAGCAGAAGGAGGACAGCUACGAGAUUAUCGUCUGUCAUGCUAAUGUCAUCCGCUAUUUUGUGUGCAGGGCUCUGCAGUUUCCUCCAGAGGGCUGGCUGAGGAUGGGCCUGAACAACGGCAGCAUCACCUGGCUGACGGUUCGGCCCAGCGGCCGAGUGGCUCUCAGAGCGCUGGGAGACUCGGGCUUCAUGCCUCCAGAUAAACUCACCCGGACAUGACGUUCUCAAGCUAGACCAUCAUGCCUCAUUACAGCCUAGAACCGAAGGAUCAUUGAGAUGGACAGAUAUUAAGAGUUGCAAAGGGUCGAAAAAUUUCCUUAAAUGUUCUCCUGAAAAUUUUCUGAAAUGCCUUUUUAGAUGCACAAAAAAAAAAAUGGAAUGUGAUUUAAUAUUCACCAACUCCUCUUGCUUGUUUAAUAAUAAUCUUACAUAGCUGCAAUUUAAGAGAAGAUUUCUGUGAAAAAUUUCAUUUGCAACUCUACAAUCUGUUGCUGUGGUGAUCAGUUACUCCACAAGUGUCUUGAGUGUAAUAAUUUUGUAUUUUUAAAUCAAGCAAGUUAAGAAUUAUUGAUAUUUCUUCAAUUAGACACUCUUGUGCCAAUGCUUUGUCUGAUCUAUAACAGCCAUGGAAAGGUGGAAUUAACCAGCAAGUGUACUUUUUUCUUUUUCCAGCAGCAUUAUGCAAACUCUGGAGGCCUUGUUGAGGCAGUUGGUGUGUAUUUGCACUGUUCACAUGGAAUUGUUUAUUAUUGUUUUAAAGCAAAGUGUGAGUUUGCUAAAAAGGUGAGAAUCUUGCCAUUGGAAGGUCUAGGAUGACUCUUGUGUUAAUGUUUGUGUGUUGUUUAUGGCAGUAAAAAAUUAAAUCAUUGAGUUUAGUAAUAUCAUUCAGAUAAUGGAUUUAAAAAAAAUGUCCAGGUCAUAUUUUACCUGAAAAGAAAAAAAUAAAUACAAUAAUACUACUACUAAAAAAAGGCAUAUGAUUAGGACAUCAUGCCUAUUUUAGGACCAUAAAUAAUUUUAGCAUUGUGACUUCUGUGCCAAAAAAGGCACUUUUUAAACAAAUAUUAAUGUAAAUAAAAAAAAAAAAAUCCUAAUUGGACACUUUUUUUUUCUUUUAUGCAAAAUCUAACUUUUUUUUAUUUUGGUGAAAUAUGGCCCAGACAUUUCUUGGCUGUUUCUAUGUUUAGAUACACUAUUGUGUGGAAGUGUGGGGUGACUAAGAUUAUUUUAAAGAAAUAAUAAAAAGACCUUAUUGUUUACAAAUAAAAUAAUAGGACAAAUCAGA